AACCUGUUGACAAAAUCCUGCCAAAUCUGUCAAAAAUUUCUCACAUAUGUGUCAGUCGGCCGAAUCAUCUUCAAAAAAUUAAUCAAAAACGAUGAGUGUAACUACGAAACUGGAUGAUUUGGUGCAAUCCGUCUCAUUAUACACUCAGAAAGGGACUUUAUUUCACUUGUACGUUCUCCCGUUCAUAUUUAUUUAUACAGGCUGGAUUUACGUGUGGUGUGGUAUUUACGGGUUUUUAGAACACUAUGAGGGGGGUUUCGUGGGUUUAGCGGUAAUAGGUUGUGUGCAGAUUUUGUGCUGUUUGGCGUGUUAUUGGUCCGUCCAUGUGAACUGCUUUUUCACAUGUCGGAAGGAGAAGGAUCCCUUGAAGGCGACUGUGGCAAAGGUCGUGCCCACGGCGAAUAAUGGCUCGUCUGAGCUGGUCCGAUUGCAGCAUAGUAAAGAUGCCAAAUCGACCACCUGGUUCAUCUUCCAAAAAACCAAAUACUUAUGGGACCCCGACAAGAAGACCUUCCGCGGCCUCGAAUUCCCCAUCCACAAACCCUACUUCGAGUACAUGUCAUGGAAAGGCUACCAAGAAGAAGAGGACAUCCAGCAGGCCGAGCAGCUCUACAACAAGAACCAGCUCGACAUGGUCGUCCCCGAGUUCAUGGAGCUCUUCAUCGAGCGCGCCACCGCCCCCUUCUUCGUAUUCCAAGUAUUCUGCGUGGGCUUGUGGUGCCUCGACAAGUACUGGUACUACUCCAUCUUCACUCUAGUCAUGCUGGUGAUGUUCGAAUGCACCCUCGUCCAACAACAACUCCGAAACAUGGCCGAGAUCCGAAAAAUGGGCAACAAACCGUACGGAAUCCUGGUGUACCGAAACCGGAAAUGGAGGUCGAUCCCGUCGGACGAACUCAUCCCGGGUGACAUCAUCUCGAUCACGAGGUCGCAGAAGGAUAAUUUGGUACCGUGCGACGUGUUGUUGUUGAGGGGGUCGUGCAUAGUGGACGAGAGUAUGCUGACGGGGGAGUCGGUACCACAGAUGAAGGAGGCUAUCGAGAACACCGACUUGAAGAAGGAGCUGGAUCCGGACUCGGACGGAAAAUUACACGUGUUAUUCGGAGGUACUAAAGUAGUACAACACACACCUCCGACGAAAGCAACGACCGGUUUAAGGCCACAGGACAACGGUUGCGUCGCCUAUGUCCUACGCACUGGUUUUAACACCUCGCAAGGAAAACUCCUCCGCACUAUUCUCUUCGGGGUGAAGAGAGUCACCGCCAACAACAAAGAAACGUUCGGGUUCAUCAUGUUUUUGUUGAUUUUUGCGAUCGCCGCAGCCGCCUAUGUCUGGAACAAGGGUUGCGAAGACCCCAACCGCAACCGCUACAAGCUUUUCCUGGAGUGCACCCUCAUCCUCACUUCCGUGAUUCCCCCAGAGCUCCCCAUCGAACUCUCUCUCGCCGUGAACACGUCACUCUUAGCUCUCUCGAAACUCGGAGUGUUCUGUACGGAGCCCUUCCGUAUUCCCUUUGCCGGUAAAAUCGACAUCUGUUGUUUCGAUAAAACCGGGACUCUGACUAGUGACAAUCUGGUGGUGGAAGGCAUCGCUUUGGCCAAGAGCGACUCCACGGUGACCCCUAUAACCGAAGUACCGAUGGAGUCGGUGCACGUUUUGGCCACGUGUCACUCGCUGGUGCAGAUGGACGAUGGGUUGGUCGGAGACCCGUUGGAGAAGGCGACUUUGACUGCGAUUGACUGGAACUUGACGAAGGCCGACGCUGUUAUUCCGAAACGGGGGAAAUCGCCGGGGUUGAAGGUGUUCCAAAGGUAUCAUUUUUCGUCGUCGCUGAAACGUAUGUCGGUGAUUGCGGGGUAUAACCAGAUGGGGUCGACGGAGACGAUUUAUAUGGCGACGGUGAAAGGGGCACCCGAGACUUUACGAAGUAUGUAUUCGGACGUUCCGGAAAAGUACGACGAGGUGUACUUGGCGCUGUCGAGACGAGGUGCACGAGUUCUGGCUCUCGGUUGGAAAGAAAUAGGCAAAUUGAACACCCAAGAACUGAGAGAACAAACCCGCGACGACGUCGAAAAGGACCUAAAAUUCGCCGGUUUCGUAAUAAUUUCCUGCCCCCUCAAGUCCGACUCGAAGUCGGUGAUCCGAGAACUCCAGAACGCCUCCCACUGCGCCGCCAUGAUCACCGGCGACAACCCCCUAACCGCCUGCCACGUGGCCAAAGAGCUCAAAAUCACCACGAAAACCACCCUAAACCUGACCGAAACCGACGGCGAGUGGUCCUGGGAGUCCAUCGACCAAAACGAAAACCUCCCCCUGGAGUACGACUACAAGACCCUAAUCAAAAAGUACGACCUCUGCAUCACCGGCGACGCCCUAACCUACCUCCGCCAGAACUUCACCACGUUCCUCAACCUCAUCCUCCCGCACAUCAAAGUCUUCGCCCGGUUCGCCCCGAAGCAGAAGGAGUUCGUGGUGGUCCAGCUGAAAAGUCUGGGGUACACAGCGCUGAUGUGCGGCGACGGCACCAACGACGUCGGGGCGCUGAAGCACGCCGACGUCGGGGUGGCCAUUUUGGCGAACGCGCCCGAGAAGAGCAGCGACAUAAAGGAGUUCAAGGAGAGGAUGGAGAAGGAGAAGGAGAAGAAGUUGAAGGAGAUGCAGAUGGUGAAGAAUAAGACGAAUCACGUGAAGGCGGCGGAUCAGAGGGAGAAGUUGCAAGCGAGCUUGAAUAAGAUGAUGAAGGAGUUGGAGGAGACGCAGGUGGUGAAGUUGGGGGAUGCCAGUAUUGCGUCACCGUUUACGAGCAAGCUGUCGUCGAUUAUGUGCAUUUGUCAUAUCAUCAAACAAGGUCGGUGUACGCUUGUGACGACGCUACAGAUGUUCAAAAUAUUGGCACUUAACGCGCUUAUCUUAGCUUAUACUCAGUCGGUGUUGUACUUGGAUGGGAUUAAGUUGAGGGACAUGCAAGCGACUUUGCAGGGUCUUCUGCUGGCGGCGUGUUUCUUAUUCAUAUCAAGGUCGAAGCCGUUGAAAACGUUGUCGAAGCAGCGCCCUCUUCCCAACAUCUUCAAUUUAUACACAAUUGCGACAGUCCUCCUUCAAUUCGCUGUCCACUUCUUGUGUUUGAUAUUCUUGGUGCAACAAGCCAAGUUGCGAGCGCCGCUAGAUGAGAAAGCACUAAACGCGACUGAACCUCUCAAGGAGCUGACUGAAGAGGAGGAAGACGAGUUAUUCGAGCCAAACAUUGUAAAUAGUACAGUAUACAUCAUAUCGAUGGCGCUACAAAUAGCCACUUUCGCCAUCAAUUACAGGGGUAACCCCUAUAUGGAAAGUCUCAAACAAAACAGGGCGCUACUUUACAGUAUUCUGGGUUCUGGGGGACUAGUGCUGGCGCUAACCUUGGGAAUAGUGCCCGAGCUGGCGGAACAAUUCGAGAUAAUCGAUUUUCCUCCAGACUUUCGAGUCAUCCUGGUGCAAAUCUUAUUUGCGGACUUCUUCUUUUCGUUUCUGGUAGACAGAAUAUGUCUCUGGUUGUGCGGCGAAGGCAAAAUGAAAGUAUCUUAAUGAAACGGCGACUUAAGUCAUAGGCAAUGCGUAUUGAUUAGUGUUUUAAUUGUUGUUUUUUUUUUUUAAAUUUUGUUAAAACAUUAUCAUUCCAUUCAAAAAUUUAACAAUGUUGGAAACGAACGUGAACGUUUUAUUUAUGUUACUAAUCAAACAACGUGGAUAAGAUUUGAGAGCACCAAUCAAAAUUAGAUAUUUUUCUAGUCCACUGCAUUUAAUGAACGUUUCUAACUAAAUGUAUGAUCGAGUGAGUAAAUAAAGUCACAGACUUGGCA